CACAUGUUGAAGGAAGAUGACAUGUUUAAAGAUUUUGCUGCCCGCUCUCCCAGUGCCAGCAUUACAGACGAAGAUUCAAACGUUUGACCUGGAUGAGCAAACUUUUCCUCUGAAAAAGAAGCAAUUCUGAAUGACAUUCACAUGCUUGAUGUUUGGGAGCAGUAUUGAUUGGGUGCAGAGAAAAUGGGGCAAAAAGCAUCACAGCAGUUGGCUCUGAAGGACAGCACUGAGAUUCUCAGCAUCUGUGAGGUGGUCAGUGAAGCCAUAGUCCAUGCAGCUCAGAAGCUCAAGGAGUAUCUUGGAUUUGAGUAUCCACAGAGCAAACUCUGCCCAGCUGCAAAUACUCUGAAUGAGAUCUUCUUAAUCCACUUCAUCACUUUCUGCCAAGAAAAGGGAGUUGAUGAGUGGCUCACCACCACCAAGAUGACCAAGCACCAAGCCUUACUAUUUGGAGCAGACUGGGUUUGGACUUUUUGGGGAUCUGAUAAGCAAAUAAGGCUUCAGCUGGCGGUUCAGACUCUACAGAUGGCUUCUCUUCCUCCUGUGCAGUCAAAACCUUGUGACUUCCCCAGUCCGGAGUCGAGGAUAGAGGAGUCUUCCUGGAAGAGAAGUAGAUUUGAUAAGCUGGAAGAAUUCUGUAACUUGAUAGGAGAGGAUUGUCUGGGCUUGUUCAUCAUCUUUGGUGUGCCGGGAAAACCUAAAGACAUCAGGGGAGUCGUCUUGGACAGUAUCAAAAAUAAGACUGUAAGGAGCCAUCUGCCAGGACGCAAGGCUGUGGAACAGUUUGUCCUGGAAACCGAAGAUUGUGUCUCCAUGAAAGAACUGCUUGGAAACUGCCUGAGUAAGCAAGAUGGGCUGAGAGAGGUGGGCAAAGUUUUUAUUAGCAUCCUCUGAACUGGAUGUGUGCUGUGACUGGCCUGUAUCAUAAAAAGAAAAAAAAAGAUAUUCUUAUAAGCAAGCUCAUUUACAUACAUCAUUCCUACAUGGGUUUUUUUUCCCCCCUCUUCCCUUAUCCCAUUGAUUGAAAAUGAUUACCUGGGUCAAAGUUAGUUUGACAAUUAUUGGUUUCGUAAUUAUGGAACAAAAAAAAAGAAAAAGAAGAAAAACCCUGGCUGAAUUUUAGGAAAUUUUAUAAUUAGGUUUAAUCUUUAUUCAUUUAUUCAGUAAUAAUUGGAAAGCAUAAUAAGGUUAUGCAUAAAGUUUGAUUUGCAAAAUAAAGUGUAUUUGUUUAAAAUAAAAGUCUAAUACUCAAAAGUAUAAAAAUAUAUUUUUACUGCUGUUGGUGGCCAGUGGGUAGGGUGGAGUGGUGGGGAAGACCACAGAGCUGGUGGUCUUACAUUUCUAACACCAGUUUCAAUACAGGAUACCCAAGCAGAACUUUACUCUGCUCUUUUCCUUACUCUUGGUCGUUGCUAGCAGCUUUCUCUGCACAGUAGAAUUUUGGUGGGAUUUAAUUGAGAGUGUUAACUUUACCCAUGAUUUACAAAAUCACCCAUAAAACAAUUUCUUGUUAUAAUAAUAUUACAAUUUUCAGUAAGGAAUGUGCAUACACAUAAAAUAACCUCUUUUGCUUAAAAGCCUAUGUUAGAUUCAGCAGUACAAAGAGGAAUCACCGUUACUCAUAGAACUCAUACUGCAGGCCAGAUGCUUUACAUAUAUUAUCUCUAGUUACAUAAAGCCUCCAUGAUUCCAAGAGGCAUUUAUUUCUGUUUCACAAAUCAAAUAGAUUUUGCAAAAAAAAAAAAAAAAAAAAAAAAAAAGCCCCCAAGGUCAUAAAGCUAUUAGGUGGCUCAUAACAAAAAAAGCAAGGUCUGUACAGUUACAAAGCCACAACUCUUUCCUAUAGUUAUAUAAAGAAAAUUCCUUGAUUCUAAGUUAUUGGAAUUGCUGAGACCACAAAGAUGUACCUGCCACUUCCUGGCCACUUCCUGCUGUUGCUGCUCCUCCUACUGAUGAAAGUCUUGUUCACAACAUGUAGUUCUUGGCAAAAGGUGGGCUAAAUUGCAACUAUCCAAAUUCUGAAAAUGUUUGCUGUUUUUGAGUCUUCCCAUGGGUUUGGCCCUUUCUAUAUUUUGGAAUCAAGGGCACUUCUUGUGAGGUUGCAUGAAGUCAUAUGAGGGUAACAUAUCCAGCAAUGUAUUUUAAUGGGGUGUUAUCCAAAGUAAGAAAUAACAUUUUUUUGUUGUGAUUUAUGUGACUGAAACCUGUCACAGGGCACUCAGAAUUUUCUGUUGUACAUAUUUUUUUAACUCCUAAACUGAUAUCAGGAGUAUACAUGGGAGAGUCCAAGUUCAGAGAGCGGGGAGGUUUGGAAUUUAUUACCCCACUGUCUCUGAUUUGAUACUCUAGGAUACAGAUAGCUCCUGUCCAACCUUCCUCUGGAAUCCAACUCCCUCCCAUUUUUAAGCCACUAUCAGUUCCCCAGGUGCUUUUUUAGUCCCCUAUGCCUUGCCCCUAUGCUGAAAAUAUCUUUUUUUUCCUCAGUUAAACUUUUAGAGAGUACAUUGAUUUCUUCUGGAACUGUAAUCCUUCCUGAUUUUCCCAUCCAGAAGCUAAAGAUGAUACACCUAUCUUGUAAGACUGCUAUUCAUUACAUAAAAUGAAGACAAACCAAAAUGUUUAUAGUACAGUAAGACAUAUCUACUCUUUGAAUCUUUAUCAAGCCCAGUACACAGGAUUCACAGAGAACAUAGGGGUGCAUCAUUUAACUUCAGUCUAGGUUGAGCAUGAAGAGCUGGCUCCUAUUUUCUGUCCACUGAGCCUGGUGUUAAAUUCGAAUAAUCCUGGCAACAUUAGGCAAUGCCAGCCCAGAAUCCCUUCUCUUAAGCUUUAUCAUUCCAGGAAGUCCUAAAUGAGAAGGAGGAAGGGCACUUUCCUAAUCCCUAUGACGCCCUCUUGCUUCAGAAAAGGUAUAUGGCCUCCUCACCUUUGUUUUCCCUCCUUAAAAUGUUGAUUCAUCACUGUGGUCCCCUUCUUUGAGGAAGCCGAAAUAAGGAAGAACACAGAGGCAGCCUUGUAGUAGUCCUACAUUGGAAAUUAGUGUGAAUUGGUGUCUAAUAUCACAAUAGAGAGACCAUUAAUGUACACAAGUAUUACCUAUUAAAAUUUUUAAAGAAGUUGGGAGAGGCUGGGGUUGUAGCUUAGUUGCACUGGCAGAGCACUUGCCUAGUGUGUGUGAGGCACUGGGUUCAAUCCUGAGCACCACAUAAAAAUGAAAUAAAUAAAGGCAUGCUGUCCAUCUACAACUACAAAAAAAAAUUGAAAAGAAGUUGGAGUGUUGGUAGAAAAAUCAAUUUCUUAUUUCUCUUAGCAAAGUCUCUAAAGCACAGCUCAGCUUCUGCAAUUUGAGUAUAUAUAUUGCUCCCCCCCUCCAAAAAAGAUGCUUCCAAAUGUAAAUAGACCAUCGGUUUUGUUCACAAGUAAUUACUAAAUGCUAGUUACACGUAGGCCCUGUUCUUUGUCCUGCAUAGAAAAUAAAGCAUACGGCAUUUGUUGCAGAUGGGAUGGAGAGGGUAUGAAACAUGCUGCAGUUGGGAUGUUGCACUUCCAAACUUCAAUAAUAAAAAUAUGCAGCCAAGAUAUGGAGUCAACUAAGUGUCCAUUAACAGAUGAAUAAUGAAGAUGUGGUAAAUAUACACAAUCUAAUAUUAUUCAUCCAUGAAAGAAGGAUGCCAGUUAUGGUAAAUUAACAUGAAUGAACUUGGAGGACAAUGAGUGAAAUAAGCCAGGCAUAAAAAGACAAACAUCACAUGACCCCACCCAUAGAUAAAAUCUAAAACAGCCAAUCUCAUAGAAUUACAAAGUAGAAUAGUGGUUACCAGAGUCUGGGAAAGAUUGGAGAGGCCAAGACAGAUGGGGAGAGAUUGAUCAAUGGGUACAAAAUUACAGUUUGAUAAGAGAAAUAAGUUCCAAUGUUUUAUCGCAUAGUAAGCUAUAAUUAAAAUAUAAUGCAUAUUUUAAAAUACUAGAGAGCAUUAUGCAUGUUCUCACCACAAAGAAAUGAUGUUUGAAGUGAUAGAUAAGUUAAUUACCCUGAUUUGUUCAUUACACAAUGUAUACAUGUAUGAAAACAUCACACUAUACCCCAUAAAUAUGUAUAAUUAUUAUAUGUUCAUUAAAAGAAAACCCUAAUCUGCUUUCAGAUUUUAAAAAAAAUAAAUACAAGUGCAGAAAUAAAUGCCUUGGACAUUCCUUCUCAAGAAACCAAGUAAUCAGUCAUUAGUAAACUGGGCAUGAAUAGCCCAGGAAGCAUCUCUUGAAGUUACGCAAUAAUUAUUCCUACUUUGUCUCUGAAAGUUUAGCGUAUUCAGCUAGUUAAUAUUUCCUUGGUGAAUAGUGACCCCUGUCCUCAGGAAGGCUAUCAAGAGUAUCAAGUAGGUGGUAUGGCAGAGCAAAAAAAUAUCCAACUGGGAACAGAUUUGAGUUUUGAGUCUCCAUUUUCAUAAGAGUCAAGUGCCUUAACUCUUAAUUUGUUUCCUUAAUUUGUUACCUGUAAAAUGGGGAUGACUUCAACUAAUUCAAGGAGAUAAGACUUGUGAAAUAUGUUGUAUACUAAAAUAUAAGAUUAUAAAAAUUUCAGAGAACCUAGUACAAAUUGUAAGCAUUUAUGUUAUAAACAGCUGAAAGUUAUAAAUCAAAGACUUACUGUACUUUUUGUGAUGUGAAAAUAAAAGCGGUAUCACAAGACUGGGAUCCCAAUUACAAUAAGAUAUAUUCUGUGUUUGCAGAAAUAUGUCAAAAUAUACUCUACUGUUAUGUAUACCUAAAAAGAACCAAAAAGGUGUUGCUUUUCCUGUUUUUAAAAAUACUACAUAGUUUAACUUUUUAAAAUUUUUACUCUUUUAGUUAUACAUGAUAGUAGGAUCCAUUUUGAUACACAAGCUUGGAAUAUAUCUUAUUCUACUUAGGAUCCCAGUUUUGUGGAUAUACAUGGUGGUGAGAUUGUGGUAUAUUUAUAUAUGUACUCAUUUAAUUUUUUUAAAGUUAUGUUCUUGGUGUAAAAAUUCUGUAAAGAAAGUAAAGUCUUUAGCAGUCUCUCCUCCACCACCCUGCUUACCACCUCAGGUUUGCUAAUUAUCCUUUCAGAGUUUCUAUUGCAUAUUUAAAAUAUUUCACACAACAGGAUCUUUUUAUCCAUAAAUGCCUUAUGACCUGCAUUAAAAAAAAAAAACUUAACCAUA